UCUUAAUUUGGUCAUUAUUUUUAUUUUUAAAUUUUAGUUUGAAAAAAGGCAAACUAGUGCUGAUGUCAAAGUAAGAAUCAAAUCUGAGAUGGAGAAGGGGGGAGACGAUUGGCUGGCCAAUGACAAGCUCCAACACUUGCUUCUCUGUUUCUCCGUCGCCAUCAUUUUCUGCUUUCUCGCUUCACGCGCUCCCUGCUCCCUCGUACGUCGCCACAGCAUCCCUGUAGGUUGCGUCAUUUCACUCUCCGCCGGCGCCGCCAAAGAAAUCGCCGAUGAGCUCGGUUUCUUCAAUUCGGCCGGCGCUUCUGCCAAAGACGCCGUCGCUGAUGUCUUGGGCGUGUUCGUUGCCGUGAUCGCUAUUUAUAUCUGGAAGUCAUUGUAUAGAACCACGCCUCGGCAAUUGGACCAAAAUAAACAAGGAUUUGAGAUCGUUUGAUCCACCCGAGUUCAUUUCAGUGGGAAGCGGAAUCCAUACUUCGUAGGUUGACUCGGGUUACACAUCUGCUGCUCUGAUGAACACAACAGGAAGUCAAAUGAACUUCAAGGAAUUGGUUGCAGCUACUGCUGAUCGCAGGGCUCCAAGUUUAAUAAGGCUUCACAAUUAGUGACCUUUGAGCAUCAUUUGUAGUUGGUUUCUCUUAUGUUAUUAUGUAUGUUGAUUAAUUUGGCAUGUAUUACCAUAUCAAAAGCAGAUAUAAUGUUAUCCCUAUCAACCAUA